AUGUCCCCCGUCGACGAAAAGCGCGCCACCCUGGGCCCGCCGUCCACCAGCUCGACCUCCUCCUCCCGCGCGAGCCCGCCGUACCCCACCGCCCGCUCGACGCGCGCCGCGUCCGGCUCGCACAACGCCCGAUCAACCCGACAACAAUUUUCGGCGUGCGGCGCCUGCCGUAUGCGCCGCGUCCGGUGCGAUCUAAAAGACUUGCCGCUGCCCGCCAGUGGACUGCGCCCCUCCUGCUCGAACUGCGCCGAACGCGGCCUCAAAUGCGUAGACGAAUUCGCCGAAGUCAAGGCCGUGAAGCUCCUCCGCCGCGGCCGCAGGUUACAACAGGUCGAAGCCGUAUACGGCAAGGCGGAGGACGAAGAGGACGGCGCGUCCGCCUCGCCGCACGGCAACCUCAUCCCAAAACUGCAGCCCGAAUUCUUCGACUCGCCCUUCUUCCGCCGACUGCACAUCCAACGGCCGAUCAUCGAUGCGACCGAAUUCUCCGCCCGGUUCUUGGCGUUCUCGAAGGGUGACGCGAGCGCGCUCAGUCCCGCCGGCCAGCUGAUCGCGAGCAUCCUCGUCGUAUGGGGCGCGAGCUUCGGCGUGAACGAGUACGGCGUCGAGGAGGAACACGUCUUCGCGGACGAGCCGCAGUCGCCCUCUCCGGAAACCCUCCAGCGGCGGCGAGACCGCAAGGACAUGACCAACCGGAUGCUGCAGCAGAUACUCAGGAUGAUCGACGUCCACGGCAUCCUCCGCAAGCCAAGCUGGGACGGCGUCCGCGCCCUGCUGCUCACGCUUCCCCUGACCGCAGAGGUGCAGCCACCCAUGGAACGAUUGUCCAUGUACGAAGCGACGCUAUCGCAAAUAUAUACGCUAUGCAGCCUGGCACCCAUAUCCUCGGUGUCGAGCGGCCAAGGCGAUCAGAUUGAUGCCCUCGUCCGCGCCCGGAUAUUCUGGUAUGCCCACAUCCACGAAGGUGUCACGAGCGGCCUGCGUGGGGGCCGCGUGACCCUCACGGAAGACGACCUUAUCUCCUUUCAGCAGACCCUGCCCGAUUUCCAGUCGGCACCCCUGUUCCCUGACGCGUUUGGGACCACCCCGGGGGCGUCCCGCUCGACCCUCUCGUAUUCGCUGGCGGCCCGCUACGCCUCGCUCCCGCUUCGAAUUUCAUCAGCAUGCCGGCAAAUCCACGACGUCCUCACCGGCCCCAAAGCACGCCAGAGGAGGAACAGCCUCAUCGACGAAAUCGCGAUGAAAGACGCCUGGGACGCGCUCGAAGAAUGCUGGAGGGGUCUCGAGAACGUAAAGGAGUGCGGCACCGCCGGCGUGGUACAGGAGGAAGACAUCGAGCGUUUCAUUCAUGGCUGGCAGAUAUUCAUCUUCGAGUGCCAUAACAUCAUUCGCGAAGGGCUGAAGCAGCGGCUGAUGUCCCUGGCGCACAUGCAACCAGACUCGCCUCAGUCGUAUUACCUGACGGAAGGCGACGAACAGAAGCCGGUCGGGCUGCGGCACCUGCGGCAGCAGCAGGCGGAACGGCUCCACGCCGUCUCGUCAGCCAAGUGUCACCAGGUCGUCCUCCGCGUCGUGCGGAUCAUCCGCCACCACUUCGCCAGCCAUAAUGGCGACCCGCCCUUUUUCGCAUACGACGCCUCGCUCAUGCGCGACGGCUGCUUCUUCGCCGCCUUCCUGCUCGCGUCGGACGACAGCGGCGCGUACGCCGGCGGCGAGGACGAACUCACCGCCGACAUCGAGAUCUGCCUCCGCGCGCUGCGCGCCAUGCGCUGGGGCUUUUCGAAGAGCGAGGAAAGGGAGGGCACGGUCCGGAUGGUCUGGGAGGCGACGCGGCGGAAGCGGCUCGAGCGCGCUUCCGCCCUCCUGCAGCAGAACGCGCAGAACCCGGUGCAGCACAUGGGCUCGCUCGCACCGCCGCCGCCCGAAGCGCGCGGCCAGCGUCCCUUUCUCACGCCGCUCGCGCUCGCAGAUCCUGCUCCGGCGGGCAUGUCCGUCCGCCAGAGCGCCAGGACGGACGGCCUCUCGCCGUGGUCGGCCGGCCCCGUGUCGGCCGCGCCGCUCUCGCCCGUGCAGCAGACGCCGACCUCGCACGGCGGCUCGCCGUCCCAGCCCACCGCGCCGGCGUUCGUACGCCAGGCCUUGCCGCCGAUCGCGACGUCGCAUUUACCCGCGCACGACAGGUCGCCUCCCAGCGCCGGACCAAGCUCUCACACCCCGGCGACAGCCUUCAACGACGGAUUACCGCCGAUACAAGCAUCCUCGUAUUAUUACCCUGGCCAGGCCUACGGCUACGCCGCCGGCGGAGAGAUGGAGAGGGCCGGGGGCCCGAUGCAGGGCAUGGAACCCCCGCGACAGAUACAGCUGGAUCCUGCGCCGGGCCACCAUCGCCACGACGCACCCGCAGACUCGUCCCUGUAUCCGACCUGGUCACCCUAUUCGCCGGCGUAUCCUCCAGAUCCCACGGUGUAUCAGCCGCCGCAGGAGUACGACGACCCGUCGCUUGUCUCCCUCCGGUUCUGAACAACAAAUUACCCCUGGCCUCGCCCUUCCUCCCCAUUGAUCCACCUUUCGUUCUUCCAUUUGCAGGAUGUGCUGCUGGAUCAGUCGGCUCCUGCCUUUCGGAUAUCAGCGCUCAGCGGAC